CACGGGUUCUUUUGCUGGUGGGAACUAGCUGCUACGGUUUCAGAGAUAAAUGGCUGCUGUCUCUGUGAAGAUCACGUACAAUAAACGUCACUGCGUUUGUCAGUAAAGAAGAAACAUUAUAAGAAUAUCUGACAAAUUCAGUUGCUGAACAAGACAAUGUCUGACAAGAACCAAACCUCAGAGCUUCCUGAUGCACACGGAGGGCGUCUAGAGGAAAACUCGGGCACUGGGCAAUUAAAUGUGAAGGAAGAGGAUGAAACAGAUGACAUGAAUAGUCAUCAGCCUGAUAUACAUAGGUCCCUCCCUGCCGAUGAAGAUAACACGGAUAUAGUGAAAGUUGAGAUAACAGAAGAUCUGUGUGUGACGCUGGGAACUCCAGAUGAGGAAACCAGUGACAAUAUCAGCUCACGCCUUAUGGAUGUGACGCCUUCAGAUGACUCAGCGGUUGAACACGGAGAAGAACCAGAUAUGUGGGAUCACGUGAAGACCGAGGAGGAUCAAGUUCCUAUAAAUACGUCUGCAGGUGAAUCCACAAACUGCAGUAAUUCUAGUCAUGGUCAGAAAGCAGAUGCUUCUUUCAGUCUUCUUCAAAAUCAAAGAAGCCACAUGGGAAAUUUAUGUUCUGAAUGUGGGAAAUGUUUUACCUGGAAAUCCCAUCUUAUGACUCAUCAGAAAAUUCAUACAGGAGAGAAAGAAUUUCCAUGUUCUGACUGUGGGAAAUGUUUUCUCAAGAAAUCACAUCUGUAUAGACAUCUGAAAAUUCAUACAGGAGAAAAUCCAUUUCCCUGUUCUCUAUGUGGGAAACGUUUCAACCGUAAAGAAAACCUUGUUGCUCAUCAGAAAAUUCACACAGGAGAAAAAGGAUUUUCAUGUUCAGUAUGUGGGAAAGGUUUUGCCUGGAAAGCCCAUCUUAUUAGUCAUCAGAAAUUUCAUACAGGAGAGAAAGCAUUUCCAUGUUCUGAUUGUGGGAAAUGUUUUAGCCAGAAGUCAGAUCUUUAUAGACAUUUGAAAAUUCAUACAGAAGAGAGGCCAUUUUCCUGUUCUAUUUGUGGGAAAUAUUUUAACCGCAAAGGUAAUCUUACUGAUCAUCAGAAAAUUCAUUCAGGAGAAAAGGGAUUUUCAUGUUCUGACUGUGGGAAAUGUUUUACUCGGAAAUCAACUCUUAUUAGACAUCAGAAGAUUCAUACAGGGAAGAAAUCAUUUUCGUGUCCUGAAUGAGUUAAAUGUUCUGCUCUGAAAUCAACUCUAAUUAAACAUCAGAAAAGUGAUACAGAGGAGAAAGGAUUUUCAUGAUAUGACUGUGGGAAAUGUUUUACUCUGAAACCAACUUUUACGAGGCAUCAGAAAAUUCAUAUUAAAGGAAAUUAAGAAAAUCAGAGCUUAACCUCUUAAUUGCAGCGCAAUACCUUGUACUAAAGAUGGCUACAUUAAUGCCUCAUUAUUUAAUAAAUACCAUGUGUCAUCUUUUAAAA